AUGUAUAACGCUGCAGAGGCCUCUCAACUGGUGUAUCUGAACAAAUGUGAGCCCUACCGGGUACUGCUGCUAUUGGUGCUUGCCAGCCCUUGGGGUAUCAAAGCAGAGCGCUGGCCCCACGAUUGGUCGAUGACUCGGAUGAGGGCAAGAGUCGAAGAAACGAAACAGGUCAUGCGAAGCCUCGCGUCAUAUUUUCCCACGACGCGUGAUCAACGAGCCAUGUCACUACUUCGGUCCAAGCGUGUAUUUUUCAGCUAUUCACCUGAAAUUUGGCAAUAA